CAGUAUCAGGGAGAGGAAUUGCUUAUGUAACUGGGACAGCAGAUUUAGCAGGAGAGAGGAGGCAGAGGCUGGGGAUGGGAGCAGUGAGCUGUCGGCAGGGUCAACACACCCGGGUGGCUGCUUCUCACAAGGAUGGCCAUAUCUGGGGUCCCUGGGCCCAAGGCUGGAAGACCCUCUGGUCAGGUAUGGGAACCAUCAGGUCAGAUCUGGAAGAACUGUGGAAACUACAGGGGCAUCACUGUCUGUUCCGGGAGUCGCUAAGGCCAGCCUCACUGCUGGUAGAGAAGCCUCUGCCUGAGUGGCCAGUGCCUCAGUUCAUCAACCUCUUUCUACCAGAGUUUCCUGUUAGGCCCAUUAGGGAGCAGCAGCAGCUAAAGAUUUUAGGCCUUGUGGCUAAAGGCUCCUUUGGAACUGUCCUCAAGGUGGUAGAUUGUACCCAGAAAGCUGUAUUUGCAGUGAAGGUAGGGGCUCAGGUGGUGCCCAAGGUAAAGGUGCUACAGAGGGACACCGUGAGGCAGUGCAAAGAGGAGGUUAGCAUCCAGCGACAGAUCAACCAUCCUUUUGUACACAGCUUGAGGGACAGCUGGCAGGGAAAAUGGCACCUUUUCAUUAUGUGUAGCUACUGCAGCACAGAUCUGUACUCCCUUUGGUCGGCUGUUGGCUGCUUUCCUGAGGCUUCCAUCCGACUCUUUGCUGCCGAGUUGGUCCUGGUGCUGUGUUAUCUCCAUGACUUGGGCAUUAUGCAUCGAGAUGUGAAGAUGGAGAAUAUUCUUCUAGAUGAACGAGGUCAUCUGAAACUGACAGACUUUGGUCUGUCCCGCUACCUGCCCCAGGGAGCUCGAGCCUACACUAUCUGUGGCACUCUUCAGUAUAUGGCCCCAGAGGUCCUAAGUGGAGGACCUUACAACCAUGCUGCUGAUUGGUGGUCACUGGGUGUCUUGCUUUUCUCUUUGGCAACUGGAAAGUUUCCAGUGGCUGCAGAGACAGAUCAUGUGGCCAUGUUGGCAAGUGUGACCCAUAGUGACUAUGAGAUCCCAGCUUCUCUUAACCAGGGCCUCUCACUCCUGCUCCAUGAGCUCUUAGGCCAGAACCCCCUCUAUCGUCUGCGUUAUCUGCAUCACUUCCAGGUCCACCCUUUCUUUCGGGGUGUGGCCUUUGACCCAGAGCUCCUACAGAAGCACCCAGUGAACUUUGUCAUGGAGACACAAGCUACCCUGCCCAGUUCAGCGGAGACCAUGCCCUUUGAUGACUUCGACUGUGAUCUGGAGUCCUUCCUGUUCUACCCUAUCCCUGCUUGAGCCUCUCUACUGUAAAUUGGAGCCUGGCUGGAAGCCUGAAGAUCUCUAUCCCUGUAGACUCAGUAUGACCACCUUGAUAAUCCAGCUUGUUUUUAUUUUGUAAUCUCUCACUGUUCUGUUCUCCUAGACUAGAGUUCCAAUCUUGGACAUUCUGCUACUGGCAGCCAAACUGGCCCUAUUCCUUCCCCAUCAUACAACCUAUCUUUCAAUUCAACAUCUCAGAUCAGGGUGGUGACCUUUUCCUUUUCUUUACUUCUGUAGUGCUCCUACCCUUAGGCUGUCAGCCAGAGCUGCUUCCACUUGUUUCUCUGCCAUGUUUCCUUUCUUGAGCAAUAAUAAUACUUCCUGGGCUCCCAGGGUGCUAUUCAUGUGUUUAAUAGGCUUGUCAGAGGCAAUAUGAAUUUUUUUUUUUUUUGAGAUAGAGUCUCACUCUGUUGACCAGGCGGGAGUGCAUUGGUGUGAUCUUGACUCACUGCAACCUCUGCCUCCUGGGUUCAAAUGAUUUUCAUGCCUCAGCCUCCAGAGUAGCUGGGAUUACAGGUGUGUGCCACCACACCCAGCUAAUUUUUAUGUUUUUUGGUAGAGACAGAGUUUCACUAUGUUGGCCAAGUUGGUCUCGAACUCCUGACCUUAAGUGAUCCGCCUGCCUUGGCAUCCCAAAGUGCUGGGAUUACAGGUGUGAGCCACUGCGCCUGGCCUUUUUUUUUUUUUUUGAAAUAGGGUCUUACUCUGUCACCCAGGUUGGAGUGCAGUGGUAUGAUCUCUGCUCACUGCAAACUUCACAGUUGUGAGCCACCACACCCAGCCUGUGAAUUUUUCAAAAGUUUCGAAAGCUGGCAUUUCAACCCCUAAAUAUGCAGUUAAAAAAUAUAAUCUGGGCCGGGCACAGUGGCUCACGCCUGUAAUCCCAGCAUUUUGGGAGGCCAAGGCGGUGGGUCACGAGGUCAAGAGAUCGAGACCAUCCUGGUCAACAUGGUGAAACCACGUCUCUACUAAAAUACAAAAAAUUAGCUGGGCAUGGUGGCGCAUGCCUGUAAUCCCAGCUACUCAGGAGGCUGAGGCAGGAGAAUUGCCUGAACCCAGGAGGCGGAGGUUGCGGUGAGCCGAGAUUGCGCCAUUGCACUUUAGCCUGGGUAAUGAGCGAAACUCCGUCUCAAAAAGAAAAAUUGAAAGGUGAAUCAAAUAAGCUAGUGAAGAAGAAAAUGUAAACUGAAAUUUGGUGGGUUAAAUGACUUCUCUAGGUCUAUAAUUAGAACAGUUGUCCAAAAUAAAACCUCUUUUGAAAAGCAUAAGAUUAUUAAACUGAUAAUUUCUCCUAGUCAGCCCAGGAUUUCGUUUCUGAUGGGCAAACCAAGAAAUUAAGAGUCAUGCAGCAACCUGAAGAUUUAGGAGGAGGCUGAGGUGGGCAGAUCAGUUGAGGUCAGGAGUUCGAGACCAGCUUGGCCAACAUGGUAAAACCUUGUCUCUACUAAAAAAUACAAAAAUUAGCUGGAUGUGUUGUCGCACAUGUGUAGUCCCAGCUACUUGGGAGGCUCAGGCAGGAGAAUUGCUUGAAGCCAGGAGGCCAAGGUUGCAGUGAGCCAAAACUGUGCCAUAUAUCUCAAUAACCUUUUCCUUUAUUAAGGAAAAGCAUCUGGGUUUUAAAUUUGUAUACAGUUUUGGCUCACGCCUAUAAUCCCAGCACUUUGGGAGGCCGAGGCGGGUGGAUCACGAGGUCAAGAGGUCGAGACCAUCUUGGUCAACAUGGUGAAACCCCAUCUCUACUAAAAAUACAAGAGUUAGCUGGGCAUGGUGGCACGUGCCUGUAGUCCCAGCUAUCGGGAGGCUGAGGCAGGAGAAUUGCUUGAACUCAGGAGGCAGAGGUUGCAGUGAGCUGAGAUGGCGCCAUUGCACUCCAGCCUGGGUAACAAGAGCCAGAGUCUGUCUCCAAAAAAAAAAAGAAAAUUUAAUUGCUCUAUGAAAUUUUAUUGCUGGCUGGGUGUGGUGGCUCACACAUGUAAUCCCAGCACUUUGGGAGGCUGAGGUGGCAGAUACCCUAAGGUCAGGAGUUUGAGACCAGCCUGGCCAACAUGGUGAAACCCCGUCUUUAACAAAAAAAUACAAAAAUUAGCCAGUCAUGGUUAUGCACGCUGUAGUCCCAGCCACUCAGGAGGCUGAGGGAGAAGAAUUGCUUGAAACCGGAAGGCAGCAGUUGCAGUGGGUCAAGAUUGUGCCACUGCAUCCACCCUGAGCAACAGAGUGAGAUCCUGUCUCAGGAAAAAAAUUAAAUAAAAUAAAUUGCUAUGGAUACUGUAAAGGGUGUUUAUCAUAACAGUUCAUAACUUUCUACUUAAGAAUGCAUAGGAGAAAUUUUCUCUGGACCCAGUUAUGCUUUUCCUGAAUUGCUGUUUGUUUUUAACCUUAAGGACACUAAAUAUCCAACUGAUUGUAUUUUUCUGUUUGUACUGAGACUAGACCAUUUAGAGCCCAGUUUGUGGCCUACCUUCAGCAAAUGUUUAUGUAUUUUGUAUGCUAGUCAUGUUUUUGGUUCUGUCUUUUCUACCUGUCUUUUCCUUAUUCUCAUUUUUCUAAGUUUUAAUCCAUUUAUAUUACUGCAUCUAUAUGCAGUAAUAAUACCUAUUAUAAUAUCUGCAUCUUUGUAAGCCUUUUUGUAAUAAGGUUGGGAUAUAAAUAAAUACGACAAUAUACUUUUAUCUCAUUUGUUUCUCUUUAGACAUUUACAUUACUUUUUUAAAGUUGUAAUGACCAGAACUGCAUACUGGAUAAAAACUCUGAACACGAAAGAUAGGAAUUAAUGGUUUCUAAAAUAGUAGUUAAGAGCAUUCGAUUGGAAUUUAGGAGACCUGAUGCCUGAAUCCAUUAAUAACUAUCUAAUUGUCUUUAAUAAGUUAUUUUAACCUCUCUGGAUCUUAGUUUCCUGGUGUGUAAAAUGAAGGUAAAAUAACCACUGGUUCUUAACUAUAGGGGAUGGGUUGGGAUUUCUGUGAUGCUGAAAUUUAUUUACAUAAAUAAAUAAGACAAUUUAUUCA